CCGUGUGACGAGACACAUGCCCGGCUCCGUGCCUCAGUUUCCCCCUCUCCAGGCAGGGCGAUCCGUCCUUUGCUAGCAGGGCCCGGGGACCCCCUGGGCCACGGGGCUGCAAGGGACCUCGGAGGUCGCCCAGCUCAAACCCCCACCCAAGGUAGGACGGUCCCUGUGUCAGAGCCAGCCUCUUACCCUGAUGCGACCCCAGACCUAACACCAGCACCUGCUGCGGCCUCGCCCUCACGUCUGCGCUGCCCCUGGCAGGACGUGGACCUGGUCCCAGUCAGGAUCUGUGAAGGACGCCUGGGUUCUCUUCCAGCCCCUGCCAUCCAGCUCUGCAGCCACAACUGCCCUCCCAGAGAGCCCAGGUGACCAGGCAUCCCCUGUUCUAGCCCACCAGCCCCUGCCAGGACUGACUGUUGGGCACAGCACAUGCCAGGCAGUCUCCUUACUGAGGUCUGGGUGCAGGACUUGGGGACCAUCAAGUCCUGGCUGCAGCCCCUAGGCCUCAUGUAAUGACAAGACUGGCUCCCUCCAUGCCUCAGUUUUCCCCCCUCAGGCAGGACAAUCCAUCCUUGCCAGCUGAGCCUGGGAGACCGAGGCUACAGGGACCCUCUAAGAAUUAAAAAGCAGUGGAAGAAGGGGCCUCCAUUGGAUCACCCAGCCCAGCCCCUGCCUGAGGCAGGAUGGCCCCUACCUCAGCCAUCCUGUACAAACCCAUUGUCCAACCUCUCAGCAAAGCCACCCAAUCCACCCUGGCACAGCGCAAGUCCUGCCACCUCAGGGUCCCAAUUUCAGUCAGGAUCUGUGCAGCCCCAGACAUGAGGGCCCUGAUCUUAAUGCCACUGCCACUGACAGCAGUGUAGCCUCCCUUCCCUCCCAGCCCCUGCAGUGGGUCAGUUCCCAGCCACCCCACUUCCCCUGUCAGAUGGGGAAGUUUUCCAUGGAGGUUGAUGGCUCAUUUCCUGGAGCCGGGUGCAGACAGCGUCCCGGGUGCUGCAGAGCCAUCCUAUCCCUCCAGUUCCCCUUUGCUGGCUCCUGUUGCCCACCAUGCCGCUAACACUGCCUCUCCUGCUCUUGACUGUCUCCCUGCCCAAGCCAUCCAUUUUCUGGGACCAGGCCCCAGGGGCCGAGGGUGGGUACCAGCUCCACUGCUCGGCCCCGAGGGAUUUCACAGGUGCCUGGUUCAUCCUGCACCGGGACAGUACCCCAGGCACUGUGGCUGAGGAGCAGGCCCCAGCAGAGGGAUCAGAGGUCACAUUCCUCCUGCCUUACAUCAGCCCGGGUGAACAGUACCGCUGUAGCUAUCGGGCCUGGGACGCAGCAGGGGAGCAGAUGGAAUCCCUGCUCAGUGAUGCCACUAACAUCACCAGUGACCGCCUCCCCAAGCCCUCCAUUGCUGUCAGGCCUGGCACAGAGGUUCUGCCUGGCCAGGCAUGGACAAUCCAGUGCUGGGCCCCAUAUCCAGGCAUGAGUUUCGUCCUGUACCGGCAGCGGGAGUUCUGGAGGGAAGAGGCACCCCAGGGUGAGCCCCCCACAGCUGAGUUCCACCUGAGCGAAGCAAGUGCUGCUGAUGCAGGGAGAUACACCUGCUACUACCACACUACGGCUGAGCCCUUCGUCUGGUCCAAUGCAAGUGUCCCCGUGGAACUGAGAGUCACAGAUGUUCCCAGCACCCAGGAGAAGCUUGUGGACACAGCCGGGAAGCUCCGGGUGAACUGCUCCAUGCCUUUUACUGACUCUGUGAGGGGCUGGUUCUACCUCUACCGUGAUGGAGAUCCGCUGCCCCUGGCCUGGAUCACAGCUUUCCCAGUGGAUGAUGCUCCAGCUGGCUUCAGUCUCCCUGAGGAGGAGGCUCUGAGCCCUGGGGGGGUCUUCAUCUGCCGCUAUGGGAUGGAUGAGCCUGAGGCCAGAGCCAACAUGACUCUCAAUGAUACAGACACAUGGACCCAAGGCUCACGCAUCCGGGACACUGACUACACCAAGGCCAACGUGGUGCGGCUGGGGCUGGGGGCAGUCAUUCUCCUGCUGGCCCUGCUCUUUGUGACCCAUGCCUGCUGGGAGGAGAGAUGCCCAGAGAGCUGAGCCUGAGGUUCAUAGACCUGGCAAUGCAGCUGACAAAAGGAGAAGACUGCUCACCCCAGACAGCCCUCUGCCAGGGUCCCCACCCCCUAAGGCCCAGAGGAGUCACCUCUGGAGCUCCUAUCAGUCUGAGUAAUGCCCUCCACAAGAUAUCCCUGCUAGGGUGUCCUCAGUCUGAGCUAUCCCACCUCCCUCCCCACUCCACUACUGUCAUUCUCUUCAGUUCGGGUUUCCAUGGCCCUGUCUCCCCAGACUCUGCUGCAACCUGGCUGCUGCUGCCCAAGUCUGUCUGGGAUGGAGGCUCAGGGCAGGAGGCCUGGAGUCACCAGCCCUCCACAACUUAAGACCUGCAGGUCUCCCAGCUAGGAGAGGAUAAGCCUGGAUAGAGGAAAGGAAAGGCGUACUUGCAUGGUACUUCUCACUGCCCCUGUGUUGCAUGGACAAGGGACAGGGCUUUAAUAAAGACAAGGGGAUGCCUCAGGGUA